GAGAGAGGUGUCCGUCGCUCUCUCUCUCUUCAGUCUUGCUCUUCCAGGAAGGGAUUAUUAACCAGCGCGCUGCCGACAUGUGAAGGGAAAACACUCGCAGACAAAAGAAGUUUUCACACCGACAGCCGCUCGCUAUGGAGCUGGCCAGCAGAUAAAAAGGAAAAAAGCGGGCUACAUGAGAAAAAACAACUUCUCCCACAGUAACAAGCCGAGCAGUCUAGCUGCCGCUUCUGCUGCUGCUGCCGUGCGGGUUUUUAUGAGGAAAAAAGGAGAUAAAGAAGAGAGCUAAACGGAAAAAGUGGAAGGAGAGAAGUUGACUGGAGAUAAUGUCUGAAUCCUCCUCCGCUGCGACCAAGCAGGAGAGGAGCUCUUUCAGUCCUUCCGCGAACCCGCUGCCAAACUCCACUUCCUCCCCCAUCCAUGCUCCCGCCGCGAGGCCAGCCAGCCGAAUGGAGGACGAGCCUGCCAGGCUGCCUGCGCACCUGCGUUUGCAGCCAGUCUUUUGGAGCAGGGAGGACGUGGCCCAGUGGCUGCGAUGGGCCGAGAAGGAGUUUGCCCUGCGGCCGAUCACCAGUAGCUCUUUCCAGAUGAAUGGCAAAGCCCUGCUGCUGCUCACCAAGGAGGACUUCCGCUACCGAUCCCCCCACUCCGGGGACGUCCUGUAUGAGCUGCUGCAGCACAUCCUGAAGCAGAGGAAGCCCCAUGUGUUUUACCCGUCGGCCUACUUCCCCGGGAACUCCUUCCACUCGCUGCCUGAAAGCGCUGUGCCACACCUGAAGCUCGAAGAUACGGUACGACGGGGUCCACGUGGUACAGAGCCACUCACCCAGCAUCCACCAACUAUUGAGCUGCGACACCGCUCCCGCUCCCCUCACCACCCAGCAACACGACGAUCCCCUCUGGAGUCAAACCACCCUCGCCCCGCCAACGAGGACUCCCUCCAAACCUUCUCCCAGCUGCCUGACAGCAACCACCACCUGCCCGAGGAAAUGUACCCAUUGUCGGUGUCCCCGGCUGCACCGAACGGACGCUGCACGACGCCCCGAGAACCCCCCUGCCCAGGCAGCCCUGGCGGCCAGGAGGCAGCCCCUCCUCGCGUCAUCCAGCUCAUGCCCAGCACCAUCAUGAACCCUCUGCUCCUCAGCCCGAGUAGGAGCAGUGGAGGUGCCGGCAUGGACUACAGACACAGCCGCAGCGGACCCCUAUCGCAGGCGUCACUUGAGAACGGCCGUGAAAGUAAAGUCCACGGCCACCACCAUCCAAUACCACUGGCACAGCAGCAGCAGCAACAGCAGCAGCAGCAACAACAGCACCUACUGCAGCAGGAGGAGGCACUCUACAGGAACCAUGUCAUCAUGCCAGUGUCUCCUCCAGAGGAGCAACAAAUGCCCAUUGGACGGAUAGCAGACUGCAGGCUGCUGUGGGACUACGUCUACCAGCUCCUGUCAGACAGCAGGUACGAGAACUACAUCCGCUGGGAGGAUCCAGAGAGCAAAGUCUUCCGCAUCAUGGACCCCAACGGCCUGGCCAGGCUCUGGGGCAAUCACAAGAACAGGACAAAUAUGACGUACGAGAAGAUGUCGCGAGCACUGAGACACUACUACAAACUGAACAUUAUCAGGAAAGAGCCUGGACAAAGACUUCUGUUCAGGUUCAUGAAAACCCCAGAUGAGAUAAUGAACGGACAGACAGACCGGUUGGAGCGCCUGGAGUCCGACAUAGAUGAUCAAAUCUACAUCAAAGAGGAAUGCUGAGGCAUUCUAGGAAGAAGAAAAAAAAAGUCUACGAACUAUUUACUACUACUACAGCCGCUGAUGCCUUUCAGACGCAGCUUGAACAAUCGAUGUUGAAUCUGGAGUGUGUGGACGUUGGCUCGUAUCAGUCCUAAAUGGAGAGAUGUCAAAUCUGGUCUCUCCUAUGAUUGCCUUAGGAUGAUCAUUUCCUGAAGUAAAAACAAAACAAAACACAAAAAACAAAAAACUGCAUCAGUUGUUUUGAUUUUCCUGAUGGACAGAGCUGAAAGGACUUUCUAAGUGCUCCCUUUUAUUCCUGAAUGAACUGCAAAAGCCAAUCACUUUGUGCUUAUAUCACUUUUAUGAUUUUUUGUCUCCUCACAUGCAUUAUACUACAAAAUUUUGUAAAAAAAAAAAAAAAAGAAAGAAAAAGAAAAGAAAAGAAAGAAAUUGUGUGUGUGCGCGUGUGUGACAGGAAUGUUUUCAUCAUGGAAUAAACAUUUUUGAUCAAACUGUA